AUGGAUGAUAGGGGUUUGAUUUUGGCGGUGGCGGUGGCGGUGGCAAUAUUUGUGGUAGUCGUUGUCUUUUUGGCUAGCAAAUUUGUGAAACAUGCGGUUGGAAUUGGGUUAGAUGAUGGUGUUGGUGAUGAAAUAGGGGUUGAAUGGUCGUGGUGGUUGAUGAUGGUGCUAAAUCGACAGAGUAGUGUUGGUUGUUUGGCGAUGGUGAUGGUGAUGGUGAUGGUGAUGCUACAAAGUUUUGUGGGAAAAAGCAGUCAUAAGGUGAAAGUCAUUUUCUUCUCAGAAACAAGGGAGCGUGCAGCUCCAUUUGUGCGUCAAGCUGCCCUAAGUUAUUGGCCAUAUGCUGCUUUCGCAUUUGUGCCUUGGCGAGAAGAGGAAUCUUCCUUUUGGUGGAAUGUGUUUGGAGUGGAAUCUGCACCUGCAAUUGUAUUUUUGAAAGAACAUGGUGUUAAACCUGUUGUGUACCAUGGACCUGCCAACAAUUCAUGUUUUGUAGAUAUAAUGGAACAGAAUAAACAUCAAGAGCUUCCACAAUUGAGAAGUGUGACAUCCAUGGAGCUGGGUUGUGAUGCCCGCGGCUAUUCUCGUGCUGGAAAUGAAACGGCGAUUUGGUACUGUGUUAUUCUAGCAGGAAGAUCAAGCCCAGAACUCAACAAAAUGCGUGCAACUGUGCGCAGGAUCCAAGAAGCACUGUCCACAGUUGAUAAAGAUCAGCCAUCGUCGCUAGCGGCUGUUGCACUGAAGGAAAAGCGGUUGACAUUUAGCUGGCUUGAUGGGGAAGCACAGCAACGAUAUUGUUUUUUCCACACUCAAAUGGAGAACAGCUAUGAAACAUGUGGACCUAGGAGGGAUAUAACAGAUGUACCACAGUUAAUUAUUGUACGUUACAAAAGGAAUGCUACAGAAGAUAGUAUUAAAAAUGAGGAAAAAAAGCCAAAAAACAUGUUGGAGGCAUUUCUGAAUGAUGAUGUGGAUCCUGCAUCACAACUUGUUGCGAGGUACAAUGGUUCCGAAGAAAGUUUAGAGAUCAUCAAGUGGAUCUCUCAAAUAAUCGAAGAUGGUGACUCUAGGGAGCUCCCCUUUUUUAGAGCAAAAACUCCUGCACUUGUUCCCGAAGAUGCAGAUCCUAUUUGGUCAGUAGGUGCCAAAAAUAUUCUAUCCAAAGGGACAGGAAUGAAACAGAGAAUUGGUAGCAUCAUGAAUGGAAUCCACAAUCGCCUAGGAGAUCCAAGGAUUGGCCCAGUCUUGCUGUUGGGAGCAUUGAUGUCUUUCGGUAGCAUCUGGUUGCGAAGGAGCCAAUCAACUCAUCCAAGUCAAUCAAAUAAUCAAACUCAACCGAGCAAAAAAGAUGAUGAAGUUAGACCAAAUCAGAGACGCAAGAAGAGAGCGGUGUCAAACCAAGAUCGUCCUCCUUCCAUCACUGACACAGAACCAAUCGAUGCUUACCAGAUGCCACUAUCAGAUUCUGACUCCGAGUAAUAGAUGGUGUUCAAAUGAAUCAAGGUUUGACAUUAAGCAAAUUAAGCACAUGGGGUUCUCAAAGUAAAGAUCAUAGUUUUAUCUCCAUUGUGAUUAUACUGAUUUGCUCACAGGUGUAACAAGUAACCAGCAAAUGGCUGCCCAACAUAUAUACAUUGAUCAUUUAGAAAUUAUACCAUGAAUUUUGGGAACCUGUUUGAAUUGAUAGUUUGUCCGUUUUAGUCUCAAUGUGUGACUGAAUCAUAACUUUGGGAUAAUUUUUGAUUUACUUGCAAUUGUGUUACCUUCAGGAGCUGCUUUACCUUUCUUAUUUGGAAAAGGAAGCACAUUUGUGAUUGUAUCACUAAGUUGUAAAAUUUUAGUGAAAAAUUCUCAUGAAGAUUCAGGAGAUAUGUAAUAUUUUAGAAGGUUAAUUCCCAUAAAAGAAAA